AUGGACCAACAACCAGACCCAAUUGCCAUUUGUGGCAUGGCUCUUCGCUUGCCGGGCGCGCUAAAAACACCGGCCCAGUUCUGGACAUUUCUCACCGAAAAGAAGGACGCUCGUGCGCCCAUUCCUUUCGCACGCUUCGACGCCGAAGCCUUUUAUUCUGCUUCUGGAAAAUCAGGCUACUUCAACUCCAAAAAUGGCUACUAUCUGGAUGAUAGCGCUGAAGUUGGUGCGCUCGACACUUCGUUGUUCCGCAUGUCGCAGCAAGAAUCGGAGCGUAUGGAUCCCCAGGCAAAAAUCCUUCUCGAACUUGCGAGGGAGUGCUUCGAAAGCGCUGGCGAGACGGACUGGCGCGGAAAAGACAUUGGGACGUAUGUCGGGUCAUUUGGCAAUGACUGGUUAGAGAUGGCUGCGAAGGACCGUUUGGACAAGAACAUGUACAAAGUCUCUGGGUACAGCGACUUUUUGCUUUCAAAUCGGUUAUCAUACGAGUACGAUCUUAGGGGCCCGAGUAUGACUAUACGGACGGCAUGCUCCGCAUCACUUAUGGGCUUACAUGAAGCCUGCCUCGCGAUUCGAAAUGGAGACUGCAGUGCCGCUCUAGUGGGCGGCAGCAAUCUGUUCUGGAGUCCCGACACCAUGGCUGAUAUGUCCGAACAAGGCGUUACCUCACCCAACGCGUCUUGUCGAUCUUUCGAUGCAGAUGCAGAUGGAUACGCUCGCGCGGAAGCUGUUAAUUUGAUUUACAUCAAGCCGCUAAGUGCUGCUAUCAAACAUGGGAAUCCUAUCCGUGCUAUCAUUCGUGGGUCUUCUCUCAAUGCAGAUGGAAAAACCCCGGGGCCGAGCAUGCCCAGCUCCUCCAGUCAAGCGGCCCUGAUUCGAAGAGCAUAUCAGAAUGCUGGGAUACCAGAAUCUGAAAUUAUUCGAACAGCAUUUGUUGAAUGUCAUGCAACGGGCACCGCCACGGGUGAUCCUAUCGAGGCUACAGCAGUGGGUAACGUUUUUGGAAAUGGCGGGGUGUACAUUGGGUCCGUCAAGCCGAAUGUUGGCCAUUCUGAGGGUGCAUCGGGGAUUACCUCUAUCAUUAAGGCGGUGCUAGCUUUGGAAAACCGUGUUAUACCACCAAACAUCAAGUUCGAAACUCCAAACCCGAAGAUACCUUUCCUUGAGAAGGAUCUCAAGGUUCCCACCGAUUGUCUUGGCUGGCCCAAAGACAAACUGGAGAGGGUUUCUGUGAAUAAUUUUGGGAUUGGUGGUGCUAAUGCUCAUUUUAUCCUCGACUCUGCCGCGUCGUAUGGUGUAAACUCAGACAUAAUAGCCGACCCUGAGCGAGAGGAAUCGUUUCUCGAGUCUCUAAAGUGGGGCAAGUUGUUCCUCAUUACAGCAAGCACAUCGGAAUCAUUAGAGAUGCAAACACGGAACCUUCGGGACUAUGCAUUGUCCAAUCCAACGAAAGCUGAGCACGGUUCCUAUACACUAGCUUGCAGACGCGAGCAUUUCUCUCAUCGCGCCUUUUCCGUUAUUCAAGAACUGUCCGUCGACUCACAGGCUGGCGUAUCUAUUGCGGGAGUCUCACCACUGCGGCUGGUUAUGAUCUUCACUGGGCAGGGCGCACAAUGGCCGCGUAUGGGUAUUGAACUUUUACAGUCUAACACUACAUUUGCCUCUUCUAUCAAAGAAAUGGACCAGGAGCUUAGAGGACUGCCAACGCCACCUACCUGGAGUAUCGAAGAAGAACUGGCUAAAGGGGCAGACUCCAGUAACUUGAACGAAGCAGCUAUUUCUCAGCCGUUGUGUACAGCGGUUCAAGUAGCUCUCGUCGAUGCCCUAGCCAAUCUAGCGAUCAAACCACACUCUGUGCUCGGCCAUUCAUCGGGAGAGAUAGCUGCAGCAUAUGCAGCAAACCGGAUAUCACGUCGCGCGGCCAUAGUCCUUGCUUAUUAUCGGGGCCUUGUAUCACAAGCUGCAACUAGAAGUGGUGCAAUGGCUGCGAUCGGUCUCAGCUGGGAUGAGGUGACUCCAUUUCUCCAAGAGGGCGUUGUCAUUGCAUGCAACAACUCACCUUCAAACGUCACCAUUUCGGGUGACGAGGCAGUUGUACGAAACGUUGUACAGGCUAUCCAAACCAGCAACACCGAAGUGUUUGUACGCAUGUUGAAGGUGAGCACUGCCUACCACUCACAUCAUAUGCUCAAUGCUGGGAAUGAAUAUGAGGAAAUGGUAGCAUCAUUUCUGGAAGGUGAAGUUCCCUACAACGGUGCUUCUACAAACCCAGGUUUCUUCUCAACUGUAACCGGCCUAUUGUUACCAGAUUCCGAGCGCAUUGAUGCGCAGUAUUUCCGUCGCAAUCUCGAAUCACCUGUCCUUUUCCUCCAGGCUCUCGAUAGCCUCUUGACUGGGUCCAAAGAUUCUGCACACCGUAACCUUUGUUUCCUCGAGGUGGGACCUCACAGCACACUUUCAGGACCUCUUCGACAAAUAUUUACACAAAAUUCUGUUGCUCAUCCGUACGCAUCAUGUCUCCACAGAGAAAAGAAUGCAAAUGCGACAUACCUCGCGGCUUUGGGUACGCUUUGGCAGCAUGGUUUGAACUUCGAUCUCUACCGCCUGACGAACCCGCUUGGUAUUGCAAAGGUACUCCCAGAUAUGCCAACAUAUCCUUGGUAUCAUGGCAAAUCACAUAUUAUUCAAAACCGCAUCGCCCAAGCUUGGCGAUAUCCCAAGUUCCCACAUCACGAACUUUUGGGAUCGCUCGUAUUGGAAAAUAACGACGAUCAACCUAGCUUUCGAAACCUACUUCAGCUCGAAAAUGCUCCUUGGAUACGAGACCAUAACAUUGAUGGCGAUGUAGUCUUUCCAGGUGCUGCAUACGUCACCAUGGCUGGGGAGGCUUGCCGGAGACAAUGCUUACCUGACCAGGAUCACACCUUUUUCGGAUUCAGUGUAAAGAACAUGGUCAUUGGCGCGGCGCUGAUCCUGCAAGAAAAUAAGCCGGUGGAGAUAGUGACAUCCUUAAGACGAUGGCGAAUCACGGACCAUUUGGAGAGCAGCGGAUGGGAGUUCAUGAUUUCAUCAUUUUCAGGCACUACAUGGACAACACACUGCUCAGGUUGCGUCGAGGCAAUCUAUUCCUCGCCCCCUCCCCCAGCAGUACCCGAAACUGCUUUUCCUCGAAGAACUGACGCAAAAAAAUGGUAUCAGGCCAUGUGGCAUCUCGGGGCUAGAUAUGGGCCCUGCUUUCAAGGAUUGAAGAACAUCGAAUGUACGCCAAACAAGAGCAGUGCCAAGGCUACAAUAUGUGAUAAGACGCCAGAUGGUUCUGAAUCGCACUAUCUGAUACAUCCGACAACAAUUGAUGUGUUUUUCCAGACAAUGGCUGCAGCUGCAUGCAAUGGGCAAGGACAUGCAACCGACCGAAUGAGUGUGCCAACAUUCAUCAAACGCAUGGACAUCUAUGAAAGCUCUGGUGAUCUUCAAGUGCAUACCUCAGCAAAAGUCUUAGCACAUGGUAAAUUCCAUGGUUGGGGUUGUGCUAUUGGCCAAGACGGAGCCCUUGCAAUCAGUAUAGAUCAGAUCAAGCUCAUGCCUCUGGACACGGCACUUGAGAUAGAUCUCCACGCCGGUGCUUCAACAACCUGGAGUCUAGAGCCCAGCUUUACAACUAUGUCAUCCAUUUUGAAGAAUGCCACAGCGUUGGCCAAACAAACACCACUUAUGCAAGAGUUCGCUUUGCUCCAUAUCCGGAAAGCCUUGGAGCAAAUUCAAUCCAUCAAACCAGCGUCGGAUACGAUGGAAAGAUAUGUGAAUUGGAUGAAGAGACAAAGCAUUCCAGAUACAUUGCGACCUAUGGAAACUGUCACAUCUGAAGUCAAAACCUUUUCGUGCCCUUCGACUGUGGACGCAAUUGUGAAAAUCAGCGAAAACAUUAUCAAAUUGGUGUUGGGGGAGGUUUCUGCAACAGAGCUCCUCAUGGUUGACGACAUGUUGCUCAAGAUUUAUCAGGAAGCAAAAGUGACUGACCGAGGGCCAUAUAUCAAGCUUCUUGGACAUCAGAAACCGAACAUGCGUAUUCUUGAGAUUGGGGCUGGAGCAGGAGGAACAACUCACGAGUUUCUUUCAAACUUGGUCAAUGAUUCGGAUGGGGGCAAACUAUGGUCCAGUUACACAUAUACGGACAUCUCUGCCGGAUUCUUCGGUGCUGCCAAGGAAAGUUUCAAAGAACAUACCCUCGAAUACAAGGUUCUGGACAUCACAAAGGACCCCGUGGCUCAAGGCUUCGAAGGCCAUGAUUACGACCUCAUUAUCGCCACAAACGUGAUGCACGCUGUUCCUAACCUCCAGCAAGCUCUGCGUAAUGUGCAUAGUCUGUUAAGGCAUGAUGGCACAUUCUACCUUGAAGAGCUUUGCUCAGAUGUACAAGUCACAAACUUCAUCAUGGGCCUCCUUCCUGGAUGGUGGGUGGGUGAACAAGAUGGGCGUGUUGAUGAGCCAUAUGUCCAUCCUGAAAGAUGGGAUGGUGAUCUUCGCGCUGCAGGCUUCACUGGAGUAGCUGAUUGCAUGCUAGAUGCUCCCCGUCCACACCAGGGCAAUGCAUUCAUGAUAGCCUACCCUGCGAUCAAAGACGCACUUCCAAAACCUGUCACGCUACUAUACGAUGAUGCCUCACAACAAGUGGUCGAAGAUUUGAAGAAUGAGCUAUCACAACAUGGUUGUUUCGAAACAGUACUCCAGCACUGGGAUUCGGCCGAAUCAGUUGUAGCAAAGAGGAACAUCAUAUGUUUACUCGAUAUAAACAAGCCUUUUUUCUUCGAUAUUGAAGCUUCUCGUUUCGAUAAGUUUCGGCACUGGAUGGCCCAAGUCGCAGAGUCGAAGAAUGGCAUACUCUGGCUAACUCGAAGCUCCCAGCUCAGUUGCGAGCACCCUCGAUGGGGUCAAACACCUGGAGCUAUGCGCACCAUUCAGAAAGAUAUGGGGAUCGACUUGGCAAUCUGCGAGCUUGACCGGCUGACAAGUCUGAGUUUGAAAGCUGUGGCCCAGAUCUCAGAAAGGUUCUCUCGUCGCCACACAUCAAGCCACAAGUUGGAGCUAGAGUACGCUAUUGAGGAUGGAAAUAUAUACAUACCGCGAUUGUAUCCCUUGAACGUUGAUUCAGAGCUUUGCAAGCCUGACAGUUCUGCGACUACUCUCCCUCAAACAGACAAUGGCGAACUCAACCUAACACUGGGAACAGUAGGCAGGCUUGAUACGCUCCAAUGGACCACUUGCUCUUACGAAAGACCGGGAGAAAAUGAGGUUGCAAUUGAAAUAAUGGCUACAGGGCUCAACUUUAGGGAUUUGCUGACCGCUAUGGAUCUUAUCGAAGCACCGCGCCAAGUCCUCGGAUUGGAAGCAGCAGGGAUGGUCCGAGACGUUGGAUCAGGGGUCGAGAAUCUCCAGCCAGGGGAUCGUGUCGUGGUUGUCGGUGGCACAAGUUUAUUCAGGACAGCCGCGGUCGUACCUAGCACCAGUUGCUGGAAACUACCCCACUCUCUUUCUUUUGAAGAGGCCGCAACCAUGCCAUGUGUUUUCAUGACGGUCAUACAUGGACUGUUGGAGUUUGGUCAAAUGCACAGUGGACACACUGUUCUAAUUCACUCUGCAUGUGGUGGAGUUGGCCUUGCCGCCAUUCAACUAUGUCACAUGGCCGGAGCAACGAUAUACUGCACAGUCAGUAACGAAGAGAAGGUCCAGUUCUUGGAGGAUGAGUUCAAGAUCCCACGUGCUCAUAUCUUCAACUCCCGGAACAGAUCAUUCGUGGAUGAUGUCAUGCGCGCUACCAAUGGUGCUGGAGUAGACCUUGUGCUCAACUCUCUUUCUGGUGAGCUACUACAUGCGUCCUGGGAAUGCGUAGCGGAGUUUGGCAAAAUGAUUGAAAUUGGGAAGAGAGAUUUGCUAGGAAACGGCCGCGUCUCUCUGCACCCGUUUGUUCUAAAUCGUAGCUUCCAUGGCAUCGAUCUAGCUCAUCUUAUCGAACGUCGACCCGCAGAGUGUCGAAGGCUUUUGGGGAGAAUGAUGACCCUUUACGAAGCAGGCCACAUAAAGCCAAUCUCUCCCGCGAAAACCUUCAAAGUAUCUGAGGUAGAGCAAUGCUUCAGGUACAUGCAACAAGGGCGACAUAUUGGCAAGAUUAUUCUACGUGUCGGUGAUUCCGCGGACGAAGCAACCAGAUCAAAAGACUUGAUCACGGCACAUCCCAAGCGCAAUCCCACCUUCAAUCCACAAGCAUCUUAUUUGCUUGCUGGCGGCCUAGGUGGCUUGGGCCGUAUCGUAGCCAAUUGGAUGGUCGAGAACGGCGCACGACACCUGAUUUUUCUUUCUCGAAAUGCAGGCGAGAAGGAGACCGACAAAGCAUUUUUCGAAGAACUUGAAUACCAAGGGUGCAAAGUGAUGGCAGUAAAAGGGAGUGUUUCUGUUGUCAAGGACGUGGAGAAGGCUAUUGCUGCUGCAACUGCCCCUGUGCGUGGCGUGAUGAACAUUUGCAUGCAAUUACAAGAUAUGGGUUUCAACCAAAUGACCUAUGAGGCAUGGAGCACUGUCAACGAGUCGAAGAUCAAAGGUACAUGGAAUAUGCACAACGUGUGCAUGUCUAGAGAGAUAAGUCUCGACUUCUUCCUUCUCUUCAGCUCGGUCUCAGGUUUGUUUGGCAACUUUGGCCAAGCAAACUAUGCAGCAGCGAACACGUUCCUCGACACCUUUGUGCUUUAUCGACAUUCCCUGGGUCUGAACGCUUCGGCUAUCGACAUUGGUAUGAUGUAUGACCACGGAUAUAUUGCUGAGAAUCCGCUCUUGGCGGAACGGAUGCAGUUGCUUGGGGCAUAUGGCAUCCGGAUACCACAGCUCCUUGAUGCCAUCACUCUCGUUCUAAGCACCCCUAGAUCCAAGCCUGAGAAAGGAACAUCGCGGAAAUGUGCGUCUCUGUUGGGUAUUGGUGUACGUAGCGGGCUACCAUUGUCUGAUCCUGCAAACCGCAUAAUGUGGAAGGACGACCGGCGAAUGGCAUAUUACGCUAACCUCGACUCGGAUUCGAACGCAGCUUCAGGGGCGACCUCUGACGUCGAUAAGCCCACCCAGGCCAUUAGGGCCUUCAUGAAGCAGGUUCUCGCUGAGCCAAAGAUUCUUGACCAGCCCGAUACCUCAGCUUUCCUUGCGCGACAAAUCGCAAGAAAAAUCGCGCUCAUGCUUCUCCGACCGCUGGACGAUAAGGAAGAUAGUGAGGUUGAUAUAUUGAGCCCGUUGCAGGAUGCUGGUCUGGAUAGCCUGGUCGCCAUAGAGAUGCGGAGAUGGUGGAGGACGACAUUUGGCUUCGACAUCACCAUGCUACAGAUGGUUGGAGCUGAGAACACGAUGGCACUUGGUGAUCGGGCUACCGAAGGGUUGAGAAUCAAGUAUGCAGAAAUUGAAGUACAGCCCGUAACUUCGACACCUGUGGUCGCUGUAUCGGCUUGA